AUGUUGAAAAACGAAUUUCGUUCAGCAAAUUUUAAACUGAGAAAUAAUUCAAUGACGGAUCUUCAAAAAGGCAGGCCGGAGCACACUACAAUCGCGAUUCAAAAUGGAGGAAGUAAGGAAGACUCUGAAAGCCGGAAACACUUGGUGGUUUUGGGAAUCUCAUUGGAUUCUUUGCCCAGAGCAACUCAAUUCUUAGUUUGUUGUGGAGGAGUGUUCCUGUUUUAUCUCAUUUAUGGAUACGUGCAGGUGAGGAAUUACCCUGCGAGCGGUGGUUCCUCUAGCGUAGCGUCCGGCCUGGAGAAACCACUCCUCGAAGGGUAGUGAGGAAUAGAUAUAAGAUCAUAAACAUCAGGGUGUAUCUAAUCGAUAGAAAUCGAUCAUCGAAAAUGUAAUCGAUUGAUCGAUAAUAAUUUAAUCGAUUGAAAUCAAUAACCACAAAUUUUUUGUUACGUCUAUGGAAAUCGAAAAUCAAAAACGUGAUCUGAUCUUAUCAUAACAGUGCGUAACACUUACCUUCUAGUUUACCUUCAAAUCCGCUUUGUUGAUAAAGAUGAUGUUACUCCUUUCUCCAACAAAUAUUGUAGCUACUUUUCUUCUCUUUUUUUUCACCAGGAUCACUUCUGUAAACUGAGACCUUUAUGAAAGAGAAUCUUCGUCCAUUUUCUUUUCGAUCAUUGUUGAACAAAUCAAUAAAAUCAAUAGCUAAUUACAGAAAUCGAUCAAAAUCGAUAAUCACAAAGAUGCAAGUGAUUGAUUUCUAUCAAUUUCCGAUAGUAAUCGAUUGAUUGGUGUUUGUUACGAUCGAUUACGUUGAAUUUCUAUCGAGUAUCGAAAAUAUCGAUUAGAUACACCCUGUAAACAUUGAAGCCUUAAAAAAUCAUCAUUGGUCGGCUGAUCUCACCGUCUGGUUUGUUUUCUUGCAAACGUCAACCCCCUGAGCCUGGGAAAUUUGUUCAAGUCUCUCUCUUUUGGCAAAAGUGACAUUUCCCACACCAGUCUUGGCCUGUCGUUUGGUGCCACAGCAUUUGGAGCCAACUAUCCCGAUUUUCCCGGGAGUCUCCAAGUUUUUCAUCUAAUCUCCUGGAAAUACCUACCAUGGCCUUUGUCAAUUUUUUUUCAUUAAUUUCGUUAUUUUCAAGAUAUCAAAAAGGAAAGUAAAACAAGAAUUGGAUUUAGUGCUCUUUUUAAGCUGUUCUUGAUUGGAAAAUGUAAAACAGAACAAUCGAAUUGAUAUUUAUUUAACUAGUAUUGAAUUGGUCAGAAGUCAACCAAUCAAAUUGUAUAAUACAUGGUAGAAAGCUGGAACGGUUUUCACUUGCUGUUAUCAACAUCGGGAACAUUCGGAAGGCCUUUGGGUGAUUUUCAUAGAGUAUUCAGACAUUGUCGAAAAUGAUGUUCUUACAGUGCUAAGAUUUCUAGACAUCUCCAGAUUUUUGUACUCGGGGGGGUUGGCUAGGUCUGAGUAUGUAAACAGGACUCCCUCAAAUGACUGGAAAUCAGGCCUACCACUACUUUCCUUGCUGGCAGAGGUCUCUUUUCCUUGGUAUUUUGCAGGCAGGAGAAGAGAUCUCUUUUCCUCCCACCCGCCAGUACAAGGGAAAAGAGGCCUCUGCUAGCAGGGAAAUCACACCUCAUGCAUACAUGUAGAAAAACUCAACAAAUUCCUGUGCCCAAGGGGGUGACUCCCAGGAAAGGGACAGGGAUGCUAGUCAGAAAAUUCCAGUUAUGGCCCAGGCUUUAUCUCACCCCUAAAACAGGUAAACAGACAAGAACCAGUUAAGAUUAGUUAAAAUAUAUAAUUGUGAUAUCCCUGUCUCUUUCAUAUGGGAGUUCCCCUCCUCAGGUUGCCUGUGCCUGCCAUGUAGGUUAACCCUAGGGGAUCGUAAUGCCUGCCACUGAUUGAUGCAUAAACACAUGUCUGGACAUGACCCUAAAAUAACCUUAUACUGACCUAACAAUAUUUGGCCACUAAACCUAUACAUCUUUGGAGACCCAGGACAGGCAAUAAAAUAAUGUAGUCUGGGGACAAUGGGAUUUUAAUGGUCAAAAGUCCAUGGGUCUGACUUUUUGAGCUUUUUUGAUGGGCUCUAGUCAUUUUUAUAGGAAAAGUGAACUCCACCUGAAGGAGGAUCAUGACCUGUAAAAAUAACCUCUGGGACACAAAGACCUGAAACUUGGACAAAUCAUUUAUGUUUUAGUCUUUUAUAACAUUUAAUUUUCUUGUUCCUCCACUGUAUGUAGUGAAAACAAUCUAUAGGGUCCUGUAAAACAACGAACUGGGAACAAAGAGUAUAAAUAUUAAAAUUAAAUUUCCUCCCCUCCCCCAUCAGCAGUCCUUGGUAUAACAAAUGAUAAUCUUUGCCUCAGUUCUAGCAAAGUAUGUGUGGAAAAAAAGAAUUAGUGGAAAAUUUGCCGAUUUAAUGAACCCUAUUAUGGCAAACAUAUUUUGCCUUGACCGUUCAUUAUAACAAAGUUCCUCUGUACUGGUGGUUACUUUUAACUAAAAGUAAUUUUUAUACUGUAUGUGCGUUAAAGGUAAAUGGGGGGCACAGAGGAUAUGAUAUGAUGAGUGCCAAAUUAGCUCUUAUUUGGCUCUGUCUGCUCUCCUAAUAUAGGAGUGGAUAUUUAGAACAGGAAUGAAGCCAUUUGGAUGGUACCUAACAUUAGUUCAAUUUGCAUUGUAUGCUGUAUUUGGAAUGGUUGAAACAAGCUUUAAAGCAGAUAAAACCAGAAAGUAAGUUACCGGUAGCUCUAAGGCCUAGAUAAAAAUUUUUAUAGAAACUAUAUGACUUUCUUUAAUAUUAUUCAGAUGUGCUUUGACAGUACACCCAUCAUCAAUGUUAAAGAUUCUGACAUCAUCCUUGAAUAAAGAGUUACAGUGCUUGUGUACUUAAAAGUUUAAAAUAUGCAAAAUGCCAUACUGAUAUUUACAGUCAAGGACCAGUCAAACCAGGUCAAGCGUACCCCACAAGAUUCCAAUAAUGAAUUUAUUAUUUGAAAGUUGAAUCCGUUGUUAUUAGUUGGAGAUAAUUUCAGAUUCAUCUCUGCAUCCCUGCAUGCAUGAUGAGCAGUGAAUUCACAUGCGAGUUAGUUAUGAAAUUUCUUCUAGUUCAGUUUUCUUGAAUUUGAUGUAAAUGUCUUUGAAGUAAUCUUGUCCACUCAAAGAUAUUUCAGUACGGGGAAGUUAUUGUAAAAAGUUCACCGCUAAUUAUGCAAUCAUGUAAGAAUGUAGAUUUGAAUUUAAUACUGAUUGCAGCAACGACUAAUGGACUCACCUUUCGAAUAGUAAAUUCAUUACAGUGUAAUGGAAUCUUGGGGGGUACACUUGACCUGGCUUAACUGUAAACAUCAGUGUGACAUUAAGGGACCUAGGGAGAAAAGUCAGUUUUAUGUGUUUCACCUGUUGAUUAAAGUUUGGUUUCUCCCAUUUAAUAUACAUGUAUAGAUUCUUGAAGUUCUACUUGAAAUGAAGUAAUUGGAUAUUAUACACUUAAUCUCAGGUCCAGAGGGAGCAGUUAGUAUUGUUUUCCCAAGAGUCCUGAUGUUUCCCUCAACUUCAUGUCGGGGAUCAUUCACUUGCUGAAUGAAUGAUUCGCAAAUUACUUUCUUUUUAUUAUGCAAAUUGUCUCUCUUGAGCUUCAGACUUCAUGUUUGUGAGUAUUUUGUUCAUUCACAAGAGUGAAAACUGGUAUUCACUUUUAUAUUGCCUGCAUCUUAGGACAAGCAUGUUUGUUUGUAUAGAGUAGAACUUUGUAUAUUGCCUGCCUCUUAGGACAAGCAUGUUUGUUUGUAUAGAGUAGAACUUUGUAUAUUGCCUGCAUCUUAGGACAAGCAUGUGUGUUUGUAGAGAGUAGAAAUUUGUUGUUUCUUUCUAAUCCAUAGGAUUCCUCUGAAAACAUAUUCCAUUUUAGCAUUUUUAACAGUGGCCACAAUGGGCUUGUCCAAUACCUCCUUGAAUUAUCUAAACUAUCCCACACAGGUAAGGACUAUGGAGACAAAAAAACAGUGUUUUUGUUUUUGUGUUUUUUUUUUCUUAUUAAAAUGAUUAUCUUUUUUCCUCAAGGGGCUUGCAUAAAGCUCAUUGAUGCAUGUUUAGUUUCCAGGCAUUUUUCUUGCAAAUAUUUUGUCACAACGUAACAUUUUCAAGUUGCCGGGGAAAUGCAAUAUUAGUAGGUGGAGAAUUGAACAGCUAGGAAGUUCUUUUGGUUUUCAUAAUCUCCCUUGAGUCUCCUAUGAUAGUAGCCGGGCAGUCAUGCUUGUUUUGCAGUGUAGCCAGGGAAAAUCACCAGCCCCUAACCCUCAGUGACAGCCCUGCUUAAGUUGAACAGAAAUAUUAUGCUAACUUUAAUAAUUAUAUGCCUUAAAUGAACUGGAAUUGCAAAAUUUACAUUACAGUUAGCAUUGAAAAAGGAAGCAAAAUAUAUUCUGUUUCUGUAGCACUUUGGAACUCCAAUGUGAAGAUGGUUCUAUUAAGUUGUGUCCUGAAACAGAACCUUGCUUCUCUCCACCAAAGUAGCUGUGUUAUAGCCUGCACAGCAGGUGCUAGGUAAUAAUGGGUGCAAGAAAGAACGGCCGCAUGCGAGGGGUGUUAAAAUGGUUGGUCUGCAGCUCUUUGGGGGUGUCAUUUAGUUUAAAAGCAGGGAAAUUAUAUGAACUUUUGGGUAGAAGUCAAAUAUGUUACCAUUUGAUGCGUUUUAAGCAACAAACAAAGGAACGAGAGGGCUGUGAGAAGGAAGGAGCUUGUUGUGACCUGGUAUAAUAACGUGGAUCAGACCUGCAGGAUAAACCUUAACUUUCAUCAUUUGAUUGAGUUUAUUUCUUUGUAUGACUGAAUUCUUGAUAAUAAUACUUUUGCAGGUUAUUUUCAAAUGUUGUAAGUUAAUUCCAGUUAUGAUUGGAGGAAUAAUUAUACAAGGUGAAUUAAUUUUAUACUUUCUUUUAUCUGGUUUUGUAGGGUAUUAUAUACUUGCUGACUUUUUAGGUCAAAGGUGUAAGAAAUUAUUUUAUUCUGAUAAUAUGCAAAAUCAUCUGAACAAGAUUUCUGAACAUGUUCUGGUGAGAUCCAUAAUUCCCUGUACUCAUUCCCCUUGCCUCUGAAUGUUUUUCAUCCUAAAAUUGAGAUUUUAGGGAGAAUAUAAAAUGGGUUUUAUCUUUUCUCAUUUAUUGGUUCAAGUUAAUAUAUUUUACUAAUGAUACAUUAUUUCUAAAAUGUGUCCAUCAAGGAACCAGGCUUGCAAUUGUGAGCUGGUGUAAGAAGAUCAAAGUAAUAUUGAUCUCAAAGUUUCUUUUAGAAACAUACUGCUUUGUUCAAAGUUUUUUGUCCUCAGACUCGAGACUUACACCUUAAGCAUGAGUGUUGGCCAUAAUAAUUUAUGAUAGCAGUCCCUCUGAACUAUCACUUUACAAGCAUACAGUGUAUCACUCUCUUUCUCUUCAUACGUCCACCCCAGAUUUCCUUGUUGAUACCCCCAUAAUAUGCCCACCCAUGUGACAAUCCUAAGCUGGUCUAUAAUUUUUACCCUUUUGAAGCAAGAAGUAAAAUAACAGUUUUUUUUAUGUCAGUAGAAUUAGAGUUCUCAGCAUUUUAUGAAAUAAAAACCAUUGACUCUCCUUGAUGGUUUAAGUGUUAAGAAACAUGAUGUGAUGAUAUAUUUUUUCUCUCUCUCUUUUUUUUUUCAGGAAAAACUUACAAACCCAUUGAUUUUGUGGCUUGUAUUAGCAUGAGUGUUGGCCUCAUACUCUUCACCUUAGCUGACAGUACAGUUCAGCCAGAAUUUAACCACACUGGUAAGUUCUGUUCUCAGUAGAUUAAUGAUUUUUAUACAGCCAGCCUGUGUUUCUAUGCCUGCCAACUUUUUUUGAGUCAAAUGUGUGAUUAUAUUUUCCUCUUGAGACAUGAAUAGCCACUGUUUGAGGAUGCUUUUCCAACGUUUUGAGCACCUUCCAAAAGAUGUUUAAAAAUUUUUCAAACUGUCCCGAACACCAGAUGAUCAUAAAUUACUAUUUUGCUGAGAAUUAUCAGAGGUCUGGGGAGGGUGUUAGAUUGCCGGAGUCAUGGGAUUCGAAAGAUGUUUGGUGGUACACCAAGGAAGGUGAGGCAUUUUAAGAGACAAACCUGAUGUUGCUUUUCUCUCUUCUAUUUUAUUCAAUAUGUUUAUUGAUGUUUAAAGUUUAGGCACUUUAAAACCCCAAGGUUGCACCACUGCCUUUUCCGGGGUACAAAUCCCGUAAAACCACCUGCUGGUUUUAUAAUAAUGGCUUUUAUUGCUUCUGUUCUUUGUUUAUAGAUAUUACUUGAUAUUUUUUCUGCAAAUAUGUUGAAUAAAUUUGGUGGCUUUGAGACAUGAACGGCCACUGUUUAAACAUUGUUGUCUUGUGUGUACCGGUUGAGUAGUGGAGGCAAAAUGGUGGAAAUUUUAGCACCGGGAGAUACUGUUAGCACACAAAGUUAACAUUAAGUGCCUAUUGAAAUAUUUUUAGGGAAACUGAAUUGAAUUUUCAUUAUUAAUCAUGCGUUAAAAAACAAUAAUUGUUAAUGAUUUGUGAGUCAGGUGUGAGAAAUUGUCUUUGAUAUAGGAGAUGAAUAUCUUUAGAUGGCGGGUGUGAGACUUGUGCAUAGUGCAUGGGAGAGUUGGCAGACAUGUCUUUCUUUGGAACUUUUUGUGUCACGCCUUACACCAAUAUAAAAUAUUGUUCCCUCAACUCUGUAAUGAUGGCCUUAGUUCAGGGUCUACACAGAGAUGGGGUGCAUAUUGGAGAAGGGUGGGUCAUUAGGUUUAGCAAACAAACAGCACAACAGCAAAGGAUGAGAUUUUAGAGAUAGAAUAGAGUUACUGUAAAUGAAUUUAUGGGGCCUUUUAAUAGAAUAGAUAUGUUACUGUAAAUGAAUUUAAUCAAUCAACAGGGGCCUGUUAAUCCGGUAUUAAAUUACUUAUUGGAUAAAAAUAGUUUAACUAUUCUAAAACUACUUAAAAGGAUAUUCAAUAUGCUUCCCUAAAUUUAUAUAUACAAUUUUAUAAAACUGUAAACUUAUGAUAUUUUCUGUUUUGAAUUAAAACCAUAGUAUUUAACCAAUUUGCUCAUGUUUUAUUUUAUUAGAAAGAAGACAUAUUAAGAAAGUGAAUUUCCUCUCUUGAAUGUAUUUAUACAUGCAUACAGAUACAAAAAAUUAUAUUAUUAUGACCUCCUGCACAAAAUUAAUAAUGCUCUCAAGUCAUUAAAUGCUGCCAUCUUGCUGUAGGGGUGGUUUUGAUUUCCCUGGCUUUGUGUGCUGAUGCUGUUAUUGGAAAUGUACAGGAGAAGGCUUUGAAAGCUCACAAGAGUUCAAAUUAAUUGCUUGCCUGGGACCAAUGGUUUUCUUACAGUAUACAAGAACAGUACCAGAACACAAAUGAGAACAUAAAUUAUUUAUAGGAACAGAGUCCCAGGAUUUUUUGUAGAGGUCCGAUGAUACCCAAAGAGUGAUUUAAGAUAAUAUAAAAGAGAAUUCUGAGAAACUACUAUAAUAAGAGAAUUCUUAGAAAGUUGAUCAUUCACAUGGACUAAUUUCUUUUCUCAUUGGUUCCAGUUUCUUCAUAUACGGUAAUUAAUUUAUUUUUGUUAAUGAAGUUGGAACACAGACAUGAGAAGUUGGAUCACAGGUGUGAGUAGGCGUGAGUUCAAAGUUUUCGAUCCGCAGGCAUGACAAUCAUGUGUAAGGCAUCACACUUGAGAUGAUGACUUGCCUGGACCCUUUCCCAGCAAAAAAAUCUGCUUACAAGUCCCAAACUAAUGGACAGGACUUUUCGUGAGCCCUGUUUUCAGUGAAAUGUUGCAAAGCCGAAGCAAAAAGUUAUUACUGACUGACCAACUACAAUAUUUGCCAAGCUUUUAAUGGAGGAAGGAUUAAUCAUGUAUCAAAGUUAAUGCAGACAGCUGGCAUAGAGAGCAGUCUGUGUUCAAGUCACAUAAGUGGUAUUUGGCUUAUUCCAUAUUAAAAAUCUACAUACCAUUACAUUGCAGUUGGAGUGAUAAAGCACCUGUCUCCAAAGAGGAUUCUGAAUGUUGACCUAUCUUUUUUUGCCCAAGUGUUGAAUUUUUCAUAGAUUUUAGGAAAUACAAAAGAACCUGUUUCAAAUUUUAUGCUAAACAGGUUCUUGUGUGGAAGGUGCCCAAUUGGUAAAUUUUAGCCUAACAGGCUCUCAAAACUAGGGUUCUUACUCACAGGUUUUCACUGCAUUAGAAUUAUAUGACAUACAUGAAAGUGGCCUUAAAAGUGUAUAUUUUUAUGUGAGAGCAGCAUUGAUAUGAACUGGCAGGAAUAUGCCAUGCUUCAUAUUUGUGUCUAGAAAUCCCCCCCCCCCCACCAGCACCACCAGCAACUGGUGUACUUUUUUUGCAGGUGCAUUCCCAAAGAAGUGCGCAAUCAUAAAUCCAGCUGAACUUUUUAUCCAGAUACCAGUGACAAUAAUACUGACUAAUAAGACUCAGACCAUUAAAGAAUUUUGAUCUCUAACAGAGAAUUUAAAAAAUGUUCAACGCAGUCACUUAAGUGCAAUUUCUUGUCCUUCUUCCUAGGUUUUGUAUUCAUAUGGUAUUGGAUUCAUUUAUAUUUUUAUUGGCCUGGUGUUUUCUGGUGGACUGUGGCCUGCGUUCAAAUUUUGUUCCCAGGCAAGUGUUUUCCUGUUUUCCUACAAGAAGUCUGACUCUUUUUUCAAUAUUAACCCAAUUUGGUUUUUUGCAGGGUAGGUCUACUGUGACCCAAUUACUCUCUACUUUUCAUGACUUCGCCAAAUCUAGGAAUUCAUCUGUAGCAACAGAUGUUGUAUUUCUUGAUCUCGCAAAGGCUUUUGAUAGUGUUCCUCAUAAGCGUCUACUCAUAAAGUUAUAUAGCCUCGGUAUUGAGAGCAAACUUCUUAACUGGUUGAGGCAUUUCCUCACGUGUAGAAAGCAACGAGUUGUUGUAAGAGGGACUUUUUCUGAUUGGGCACCUGUGAUAUCUGGUACCCCACAGGGAACUAUUCUUGGUCCAAUUUUAUUCCUAUCAUAUAUAAAUGAUAUCGUUGAUAGUGUCUCUUCAAAAAUUAAAUUAUUUGCGGAUGACACUAAGAUUUACAGAGAGCUUCGCAACCCUAGUCUCGAUGAACAAUACCUUCAAACUGAUUUGAAUAAUCUUGGUAAAUGGGCGAAAAAAUGGCAACUUCGUUUCAAUGAGGAAAAGUGUGAAGCAAUGCGAAUAACGCAUUCUUGUGACAAAUCGAAUACGAAUUAUAAACUAGGUACGGCCUUAAAAGAUGUCAAGAGCUUUAAAGAUCUUGGAAUUAUUAUAUCAAAAGAUCUUACUUGGAGUGAACAUAUUAGUACCAUGGUGAAUAAGGCGAACCAAGUCCUAGGGCUAAUAAGACGGUCUGUUGGAACAGCUAAUACAACAACUUUUUCAUUGCUUUACAAAACAUUGGUCAGACCACUUCUAGAGUAUGCUGCUCCAGUCUGGAGCCCAUAUCUUGUCAAAGAUAUUCAUGCAAUAGAGAGCGUGCAAAGACGCGCAUCAAGAUUAGCUCUUAGGCAAAAAAGAGGUGAUAUGUCUUAUGGAGAGCGUUGUGACUCGUUACAUUGGCCAUCUUUGUCCAGUCGUAGGACAUAUUCCUCUCUUGUUGAAUGUUAUAAGAUCGUGUUUGGCUUAUCACACUUGGAUUUUGAGGAAUUCUUUCAAUUCGCAAAAGUCAAAUCCACUAGGGCAAAUCACUCGUAUAAGCUUUAUUGUAAAUUAUCUAGAAUCAACUGUUUUAAAUAUUCUUUUUUUAACAAUGUAAUUAGUUACUGGAACAAUUUACCUAGUAAUGUUGUUGAAGCCGGUUCCCUUGAACUUUUUAAAUGUAAACUCAAAUCCUUUUUAAAGUUGUAAUUUUUAUUGUAAUUUUUAUUGUAAUUUUUAUUGUUUGUUGUUUUUAGGAGAGUUUUAUUCAUAGGGUUAACCUCUAGACUCUCCCUUUCAAAUUCAUGUGGUCAUUAUGAGUUUGAAUAAACAUGUAUGUAUGUAUGUAUGUAUGUAUGUAUGGAGUGCGGGCAAGAUCGAGCAAAAGCCAAAUACUCUUGCUCCAAUGCUGCACUAUGCUGACAAUAUUUUCAAAACACUUGUGAUAAGAUUAUGAGUGAUAGAAUUCUAAGUGAGCGAUCAGAUUACCUUCUUGCAUUCCAUUCAUUCUUAGUGGAAGUAAAAACAAUUGCCGGCUACCUAUGUGCUGCCCAUGCACAAUAGCAGCCUGAAGAUUAGGACUGCAUGCUCCUCUGGUCGCCUGCAAUAGUAUUUUGCAAGAUGAUAAUUUCUGAUCCACACUUGAAACUUGUGUCAAAAGAAAUCAAAACUAGUGGAAUGUUCGUCUUCAAAAACUGAUGCGUUAUCCUUAACUUUACUUUUGCAGAACCCAGUUCAAGCAUAUGGAUUGGCAUUCGUCUUUUCAAUUACUGGAUACUUAGGAAUUACAUUUGUUCUUACACUUGUUAGAGCAUUUGGUGCCCUGUUAGCUGUCACAGGUACAAUAUUAAUGCCAAGUUGUUACAUUCUUGUGUAAAAUAUCGCUGUGCAUAUAACUCUCCACAGCGAUAUUUUACACAAGAAUGCAAUUUAGUUAUACAUCUGCUAAGAUUUGCACUUAACUUUUAUAACGAUUUUGACAUUUACUAGCUUUUUUACCUGAAAAUCGUGUUAGAUAUGUUAUGGAUCAAUAAUUAUUUUAGCUCAGUGGUUUAAUUUUUAUCUUCCUUUGUUUCAAACUCAUCAUCAUACAUUUUCAUACCAAAAACAAAGAAAAAUUAAAUUUACAAAUUCACACCAAGCUUAGUAUGAUUUCAGACCAAAAUUGCACGACGCAAAGUUCAAUUACCACUUUAUUACAUCCAUUUUACCUGCAAUUUGAUUUGUUACUUUAAGAAAGAUUUGAAACCUGUUGGUCGUGCUGUUUUAGUGAUCCUUUUUCAUUGUCUUGGAAAAAAAUGCGAUUUAGAGAAAAAAAAUGGUGUGAUUUGGGAAUAUAUCACACUGCUGAGAGCCAAUUAGAUUGCACGAAUCGCCAGUGAUUUCAAAGGGGAUGAAAUAAAACAUUGUAUGAGUGCCUGGUAGCCUAGUAACUUACUUUUGCCUUCAUUGUAAUUAGCUCCUCUACAAAAUUUACAUGCUAUGCACUUAAGAUGUGUUGGGUUCAUAGCUUUUGUGCUAUCUGCAUUUUGUCGUAGAAGACAGUCGUGAAUUUUUAUAUUUCUUGUAAAAACCGAUUUUGAACGAAAAUAAUUUAAAUUUAUGAAGGUAAUUGGACUGAGCAGAGAGCACAUUUGCUUUAUAAUCAUAAAAUGAGUGAUAUGGGAUGCUGAUUUUUAAUCAAAGUUGUAACUACAGAACAUUUGCAUGAAUGACCCAAAGUUGUGCUAAUAUUAUUAAUUAUUUUAAUGUGUUUUUUCGUUCGCAGUUAACCCAUUAUUUAAGCAAUUUUCAAUCCUCUUAGGUUUAUAUUUACUCAGCUUCAAUUUUAAAGGACAUAGCCUGAAAAUACUUGGCGUGUCAAUAAGUUACCCAUGAGUUUCUUUCUUUUUUUACAGUAAUAUUCUUGAUAGCCUGUCAAUAGGCCGUGUCAUUUAUGUCAAGUACUGUGAAUAUCUUAAAGGCUAUUUUUCAAUCAUGACAAACAAAAAUCAGCGGGCAGAUUUUAUUUAAAAUAACUUCAGUCUAGCACUAUGAAACUACCGUAUUUCCUCGAAUAUAGAAGCCGAGGGCGAUUAUUUCUUUUUUCGCGUCAAAAGGGGGCGAUUAUUUCAAAUAUUGCUCACAGGAAGUCGUGCCCUAAAUGUUUUGUUUUAUUAUCCCAAUAAAUCCAAAAAUUAUCACAUCAAAUAAACUGAAGAUAGGCUUUUUAAGUGUUCCAAAUUUGGUUCCUUGAUUAAUUUUCGGAGCUUGAACCGUCACUGAUCAGUUUUGCUGAAUCAGAUUCCACUUCAGCUUGAAAGAUAGGGGAUAAAAGAAACAGAAGAUGGCGGGGGGGGGACGAUUAUUCGAGGGAGGCGAUUAUUUUAAAUAUUACCAUCAAAGGGGAGCGAUUAAUCGAGGGACGGCUAUUAUUCGAGGAAAUACGGUGUCCAUAACUGCCAAAUGCCCUUUUUAACGGAUUGAGGCGACGCUCAAACAUAGUUAAUUUCAUUUCAUUAGUCGUGAUAAGUGAUCUAGACAGGUCGUGUAUGACAGUGGUUGAAAUAUAAUUUUAACAUAUUCUUACCAAACACAGUAUAUUUUCAGCGGUUUAUGGUCGUUUCGCCAACGUCCUGUUCGUUAACUGCUGAAGUCGUUUCGCUUACAUGUUAGGUCAGUUCCCUAACUACUUUCGCCUGAUCAGUGGCUGAAAGAUCGAGGAAUAUACAUGCGUAUCGCACUUUUUUGUAUCAUGGCUGAGAGAACGAAGCAUAUAUCUGCGCAACGUUCGUUCACUUCUUAGCGGAACGACUUAAGAUGUUAGCGAACGCAACGUUAGCGAAACGACCGGUGACCUUUUCAGCCUGUAAGCAGGUUCUCUUGUCCCAUCCCUUUUUCUUUACCCCAAUUUUCCCUCUUUUAGUCUGACCCCACCUUGAAGGCUCCCUCCAGACUGUAAUAUUCCCCAUAACACCUGUAGCCUGCGAGCAAGUUCUCUCCAUUUCGAGUGCCAAGCGAAGCGAGCUGUGAGAGAACGCACUCGCAUCUCUUUUCGAGUGCGGCUCUCAUGUCACUUCUCGCGACUCUCCCCAAAUUUUUAAAAAGGAGAGCUUGCUCGUAGGCUAUAACACUCGCACCUUUCCGUUGACUCCUGUAGUGCAACAGUCAAUAACACUAUUAACUGCAUUAUUGUUAGCCUGUGUACAUCCGCCUCCUCCCGCCGUUUUUAGGGAGCUUUAGCAUCGACGACGGUAACUGUAGCGAAAACGUCAGUUUUAAAAUGAAUUCCCGUUUUUUAAAUCUUUGUCGUGUUUAUUCCAGUUUGCUGAAAAUGGCAAGUGUAGGCGAAUUUCCCUGGAGAUGAUUUCUUAAGGACCGCACUCAAGUUUAGAGAAGGAAAAAGAGAUUCGUCGUCGCUUGUUUACGUCCUCCAUAAAACUUGCAAUUAGGCAUUUUCACGUCGUAGUCGUGCUAGGACGGUAAAGAAAUGUACAAAAAAGCGUGAUGCACGUGCCAAGUUGUUGUUUUGCGUAAUAAACCUAUUGCUUUUUUGACGUCCUCUUUGCCGUCGCCGUCGUCGUUGCUAAAGCUCUCUUUUGUUUGAGCGAAGGGGGCGGAUGGACACAGGCUUCUGCAAUAUUAUUGUCAUAGUUACUUUCAUCUAAUUCUGUUAUUAUUUUGUGUUCCAGUGACUACAGGUCGUAAAGCUGUGACAAUGGUUUUGUCAUUUAUAUUUUUCGCUAAACCCUUCACAAUACAGUAAGUACAGGAUUUUACCCUUACCCUCAGUGAGCUCCGUGUCACACUAUAUUGUGGCUUAUCCGUAACAAACAGAACUUGUCACCGUGGAAAACUUGACCAUUUUCUCCCUGGACAGGCUUGAAUAUCUCGGGCGUAGAAAGUUGUAAAACCAUCACAUCACGCGUUUUAAUUCACCACUUUACUGAUUUCAUUAUCACCACAUGGGAAGGUUUGACAUAGCCUGCGUAGCAAGCGUUUCCAAUCGAGUUAUUGGGCGAAAGUUAGAGCGGGUUCCUUCGUUCCCCUCCCCCUCCCCCGUCAUUCAUGUUUUUUUUGCUCUUGUCCCAGCUUUCUAGACGAACCUCGCGAGGAAACGCUUGCUACGCAGGCUAGGUUUGACAUUACUGAUAAGUCCCAGGGGCGGAUCUUCUAGGGGGAGGGUGCAGGGGUACCCCCCCUGAGAUGACCUGCGGUUUUCUAAUACAACUGGUAUUCUGCCAAAAAAAAAAACUAUGUGGUUUAUUGGUGUUGAAGUAGUGCAAGAGACGAGUGCACCCCCUCCUAAAAAAUAUCCUGGAUCCGCCCCUGAGUCCUAGUAGAUUUUUAGGCUUGAUAUUUGUUGUAGCUCACUGAAACAAGCUCUCGUGGAAUAAUUGUUAAUUAUUCCAGUAUCCGUAUAGAGGAAACCUUAAACAACCUUGGUAUUGUAAGGAGAAACAGGCUCUGUGAAAAUAGUUCCAGUGUAGGUUCUUUCUAUUCUUUUUUUUUUUCUCUUUUAGUUACGUUUGGUCUGGUGGUAUUGUUCUCCUGGGGAUCUUUCUAAAUGUGUACAGCAAGAAUGAAAAACAGAUCAACGCCUGGAUUGCUCAGCAAAGGAGCAAGUACUUAACACAAAGACAGAAAAGAACUCUACUCAUGGAAAAUGUUUAACAUUGGCACCAGUCACUGCCUGUGCAAAACAAACCUGUGUUCAAAAGCAGCAGCACUCUUAUAAUGGUCUUUAAGUGCACCACGCAUUUUUAGUCCGUAUUUACAUGUCAGAUUAAUUGCCACGCCUCUGUUCAGGAAUGCGGUAUUUUCAUGGGUCAGUGUAAGGAGUUAAUUUCGCUCCCAUGUAAGGUAAUCAGGCGGUUCUUGAAUACGUAAAUGUUUAGUUUGUGGAAUCCGGAAUCCUGGCCUUUAGAAGUCGGAGUACAGCUCAAGAAAUGCGGAAUCCUAGUUACGAUUGGAAUCCUGAAUCACGCAAGUUCCACUAUAAUGAGAUAACCUUAAAAGGGACGAAUUGUUGUCCUUAUAUUUCUUUAUUUUGCCCUUAAAUAAACACAGUUGAUCACCGUGUUUGUCACCCACGAUGUGCUAUGACACCAACCUAACUCUAACCUAUUCCUAACCCUAGCAGCCCUUGGAGUGGAAGUGACUUAAAGUUAAUAGAUGCGUCUGUAUGUGUUGUGGUUCAAUUUUAUCCUUGGUUAAGAUUUUAUUUUCUUUUGUUUUUGGGUAUGGUAAUGUGUGGUAAUGAGUUUAAAACAAAGGAAAAUAAAAUUUGAACCACGGAUAACAUUAAACCACAACAUAUGUAUUUUGGGAAAAGGUCGACAACGGUGUACAUUUAUUUAUUUAUUUUUAAUGAUAUCACUACUAGAGUUUAUUGUGGCAAGUUGCAGUUUGCUAACCUUUGAGUCCUUGGAUGAAAAUAUGUAGUAGCCUGCGUCGCAAGUGUUUCCGCGUUUGUUUGUUUUUUCCUUUUGGUUCAACUUUCGCGCAAUAACCCGAUUGGAAACGUCUGCUUCGCAGGCUAGAAACUCUAGAGCGACAGUUCAGAAACCUCUUUAGCAGUACGUACAGACCGUACUAUAUCAUUUAGUAUGUAGCUCUAUAACAUGUAUAAAAUGAAACCGUUUGAUGUUCCUUCAAAAUUAUGAUUGGUGCUUCUUGCAGUGUUUCUCAAUAUUUUACUGCAAGAUGGUUGUUAUACGUCUUAGAGUUUUAGCCACUUUUUUAGAUGAAAGGGUUUAGAAGCCACAAGUUAAUUAUGUCCCUUCACUUAAUGGUUUGAUUUCCUUAUUAUUAGUCGGCGUGUAUAUAUAUAUGUAGUCCAUGUUUUCAAGGAAUAGUUAGUAGUAUGCAAGGCUGGCAUCUGAAGAAAACAUUUCGAAAUUCGUUUUGAGGAAAAUAACUUUAUAGCCUUUCCUAAUUGUGACCAAAGUGUAACUCAAGCCUAGAAUCGUGGCUGAAAAAGGUUAAAGAAUUGUGGCGAUCAUAUGAAAACCAGCAGCAUCGCAGUGAUCUUUGAAGAGCUGUCAGGUUUUCCCUUCAUUUUCAGCAAUCGUAGCGAUCAAGUCGAAACCUAGGUAACAACCAGAGAUUUUAAAUUAUGAUAAUGAAUUCGG